UGUUCGGGGAUACUUUUGUAUGACCCUUUAAGAGUUAAGGGCGUAACAUUUUAAUUCAAAAUCGAUGCUAGGAAGGCAUGUGGAGAAGGCAUGUCCGUCUCCAAUGGAAGAACACUUGAAUGAGCCGUGUUGUCUUACCAUGCACCGUAGAGGAGUACCAAGUGGGACAGUUGUACUCUGUGGCUGAGGCCAGUAAGAAUGAAACAGGUGGAGGUGAAGGCAUUGAAGUGUUGAUGAAUGAGCCUUAUGAGAAAGAUGGAGAGAAAGGACAAUACACACACAAGAUCUACCAUCUCAAAAGUAAAGUGCCUGGCUUUGUGAAGAUGAUAGCACCGGAAGGAUCUCUGGUCUUCCAUGAAAAGGCAUGGAAUGCUUACCCAUAUUGCAGAACAAUUGUAACGAAUGAAUACAUGAAGGAUGACUUCUUUAUCAAGAUUGAAACAUGGCAUAAACCUGAUCUUGGAACAGUAGAAAACGUUCACAAGCUGGACAGUUCCACAUGGAAAUCAGUGGAGGUGAUACCCAUUGACAUUGCAGACAGAGAUCAAGUAGCCCAUGGUGAUUACAAAGCAGAUGAGGACCCUGCACUCUUUAAGUCAACAAAGACAGGCAGAGGACCACUGGGACCUAACUGGAAGAAAGAACUGGUUAGUAAUCCUGAGAGCCCACGUAUGUGUGCCUACAAGUUGGUCACAGUUAAGUUCAAGUGGUGGGGCCUGCAGAACAAGGUUGAGAACUUCAUUCACAAGCAAGAGAAACGAAUCUUCACUAACUUCCACCGCCAGUUGUUCUGCUGGAUUGAUAAGUGGGUGGACCUCACUAUGGAGGACAUUCGGAGGAUGGAGGAAGAGACACAAAAAGAGCUUGAGGAGAUGCGCAAAAGGGGUUCAGUGCGAGGCACAAAAGCAGCAGACGACUAGCUUCAUCAGAUGUGGUCUUCGCAGGCACGGUCAAGUGCGAGGAACCAGCGCUGCUGAUGAAUGAAAGCAACAUUCCAAACUCAACUGACUGCAAUGACUUUUGGAGAAGAAAAGCUGAAGACUGGCCUUCAUCUACAACAUUCACCAGUCUCUCACCAAAACCAAGAGAGCUUAUUAUUGAUAGAUUGAACAAAUCAACUGCUCUCCCCCCACACUGACCCAAUCACACUCUCUCUGUGUCAAGUGAAUAAUCGAUGCUUUCAGAUUUAGUAAGGACUAUUUCGCCCCCAGUGCCUUUACCACAAGAGCCUUUCCAAAGAAGAAUAAACAGCUCUCAAAACUGUUUGAGGUUUGGCUGUGAAAGAACAAAUUAUACAGAAGUAAACAUGUUUUUUUUUCCCCUCCUUUUUUCCUCUUGGCAUGGGUUUUUAAUUCCAGGCUGAGAGAAAUUAAUCUUGAACAUCCUCAUUCUUGUUACCUCUCCACACAGUCACCACUUUAAGACAGUUGUUGCAACCCCCUCCUUUUUUUCUUUCUUUCUUUUUUCCCCCUCACUUAGUUGGAGCUUUUUUUUUUACUGUUUUGUUUUAAAGGCAGAGUUGAUCCUGUCAGUUUGUUGGCUCUGCUCCUGUCCCUUCCUGCCUUGGCCAUUACCAAGAGAUAAUACCUGACCCAACGUCUGCGAACAUACCAUUCAAUAGUCAACACUUUGCUUCAAAGUACUAAACCACAAACACAGGUAUGCACAUGAACACACUCCCAGGUGUGAAUGUCUUUGUGGUGAUAGGUCUUGUAUAAGCUUUAUAGGGGCAAAUCUGCACAGGUUGUGUCUGUUACAGUUGUGUUAUUUUGUUUCUGCUUUACUUGUUUUCUUCUUCACAUGUGCCUUCUAAGAGAGUAGUAUAAAUCACUUUCUUUAAUGGUGGUGCUGCUAUACAGGCGACAUACUAUUCACCAUCUCGCAUUUCAUCCUGAUCUUUGUCCCAUGUAGAGGGAUUCCUCCUUAUUGUUGUUUGUUUAGGUUUCUGGAAUGCAAGGUUCCAUCAACUAUUUUGAAUUUGCUUCACAGUGGUACUAUAGAAGGCUCUGCUCUGGUGCUACAGAAUACGAUGAUGACCCUAUAGACCAAUGAGGGGCUUAGCUUCUCUUUGCUGCAGUCCAUAUAUACAGAGAUUUAGAUGUAAUGGAAGCCAGUUUAAAAUGAACUAGUGUGUUCUACAACUGCAGUGUUCAGUUUCCAAACAUGGUAUCAACCUCCAACAUAUAAAGUCUGCCCAUUGUUUUCUCAGGGGCUAACCCAAGCCUUCACCUGAAUCCUAAUGCUAAAGCUUAAUUUUCUAGACAGUUCAUAUAUUGUGUCAACUUGCCUUAAAACUAAGUUACUAGAGCUUCAAUGGAGAUACCUAUGACACUUUGAUGAGCCUGUUAUUGCCUUCAUUUGUGGUUCUGUGGCUUUUUGUUAGUGAAUGCCAU